AUGGCAUUACUCAUAAAUUUGUCGUCCAAUUGGUGUAAUCUUUUGAAAAAAUGGGAACAAGUGGAAGGAUACUUCGGACACCAGAAGAAUUUAAAAUUGAAAUUCACAUUUAUAUCCAUCGUGUGUAUUAUAUUUUCGAUGGGUAAGAAUACGAUAUACCAUACAAUUAGAUCACCUACCCAUGACAGGCACAUAGGCAGGUAUAUUUUGUAAAAUGAUUUUUAAUGUGCGUGCGAUGUCGUUGUAAUUUAUCGCAGUAGAACAUUUGAGCUACUUGUUGACGGGCAUUAUAACGACGGAAAAAACGAAUUCGCAAGAAGUGUUCGAAAUUUACAUUUUGAAAAUGUUUCCGCAAGUGUUCGACGUGAUCGAUUAUAACACGUGGAUAGCCGUACUGGUGUUGGUGAUCAAUUCCGUGUCGACUCUCACGUUGUGUUUCUCGGAUCAACUGAUCAUCAUGGGCAGCUUGGCCAUGGGCAAUUAUUUUCAACUGUUUAACGAUCGCAUGAAAAUGUACAAAGGACAGGUAGGGUGUGCUUAACUAGUAACUUAUAUGUAAUACCACCAAGUGUCGUGCUUGUCCAGAGAAAUUUACCGGUGAACAAAACUGAAAAAGCUCACCCUGUCCGAUGGGCGUUCACUUUACGUUUAUUGUAAAAAUAUUCAAUCGCAAAGCCUAAGAUUUUUUUAUUGGUGCCCAUGUGGCCAUGGGCGCAGGCACCUCGGCAGAAAUACGAUUGAGAACGGUCGUCGUUAUCGUCGAUACCUUUUUUAGACCCUUUCGACCAUUAAGAUUGAGAACGCUCGGUUUUUGUAAUUCCACGCGAGUCGCCCUAAACAUGUAGUAAUCGGAAAAUUCAACCAAUCCAAAAUGUAUACAAAUAUAUGUAUAUUGAUUCUUGUAUCGUAAUCGUGUUCAAUGAUUAAGUACCUAUUGUUGUUUGACAUGGCGCCAUUACUGAAUCCGUCAAUAAUCUAUAUAAAGACAACGAUAACGAAUAAUCGAAAUGUGCGCGCGAUAAAAUUCAAAACAGAUUUUAUUAUCGGAACCGUCCUGUUCGUAUCGUAAACGGGCGGGCGCGGGCGUUAAUUAUACCGCCGCGCCCGCCAAAACGAAUUUGUUUCUAACGCGGGCGAUCUGCACCAUUUUCAUUUUUCCACAGCGGGCUAUAGAGCUGUACGGGUAUUGUUAAGCAAUUUAAAUUCGUAAUUUAUUAAAUAAUGCGGAUUCAAAAGUGGAACUUUUGAUAUCGGAAGUUCAAAAAAAAGCCCAUAUUAUACAACACGCGAGAUACAAAUUGUCGGAAUCGACUUUUCAGUAGAUAAAGCGGGGGAAAUUGUGUCGUCAAAGGUUGAAAUGCCAAGUGAGCUGUUUAAUAUUUUUCAAAUUCUACACACGUAUUUAUGUUAACAUAUUUUCAUACCCGUUUGAAUGUUUUAUUAUAAUAACAAAUUAUUAAUUAAUUUUAAUUAUAAUAAUAAAGUAACAAUACAGGGGUUAUUUAAAGAGUAAAAUCAUAUUAUAUUGGUUUAGGUUAAAUAUUAAUUUAUCUAUUCUUAUUGUCCAUAAAAUAUUUACAAAAUGUAUUUCGCACUUCAAUCGCUGAAUGAGAAGCACGGUUAUUUUUUCUUGAAGUUCCUGCAACGUUAACAUUUGUUUUUCUUUCAUAUAUCAUCUGUGUCUCUACGGAUCCAUUAAAUUCCUUUGGUAUGCCUUCAAAGUCUAUUAUUAUAUUAUUCACCGUGUAAAUGUCUAUCUAAAAUUAUGAAAUAAAUAUAAUUUAAUAUAAUUCCAUUUUAUACAAGACAUGUUUAAGAAUAUUUAUAUUUAAAUUACCUGUUAAUUAUUAAAAAAAAAAAAUUAAAUACUAAGUUGAUGUGAAAACUCACCUAGGUAAAUUGGGUUUGUCUUUUUUCUUUGUUGUUUCUUUUUAUUCGAUACGUUUUGUUUCUUCAUAGCAUAGUAUUUUAAUAGUGAAUUUUCAAAGAGAAUUGCAUUAUUUUGAUCCAAUAUUGAGAUAUAAACUAGUAUCUAACUGAAAACCACCAACUUGAAAAUAAUUAGAAACUCAUUUGCCGAUCGUAGGCAACAUGCAGGACACUCGCUCACUAGCGGGGCGGAAUAUGUCGGCGUCACCCGCCCGCUCGAAAACUCGCGGUCACCUAGGACGCACCGUUAUGCGUUUUAUGUGCGAAAUAUGUUGCGUUAAUACUUAAAUAAAAUGGAAAAUAACCAAGACUUAUAUGCUUUCGAACACAGUGGAAAUGUAAUUGUUUUAAACUCCCACAAAUACGUUUUAUUAGAAAUUUUGCAUAAGUUUUUCAUAAUUUAUUUAUGGGUUUUGAUUUGAAUAUAAUUCGGCUACAUUGCAUAUAAUUUCGUUCUCAAUAGGUACUGUUUUAUUGAGUAAGCGGCUAUUUCAUUGAUCCAUUUCGAGCGUUCUCAAUCGUAUUGUAGCCGUUCGCACCCCCUUAGGCACGGCCCUGCCACCUACAAACUGGUAAAAAAAGGGGGCAUGGAAUGUUAGUUAAUUUUAGGGCAAAUAUCAACAAUUAUUUGGGUAAAUUAUAUGAUAAAACAAAUUUUAAAAAAGCUACUUCACACCAUGGAUGGGCCACUUACUGUCGUAAGUUGGGAAUGUAACAUAUAGCUUAAUUUUUAUACCUGUACGCAAUGAUAAAUCGGUGCAAACGAGAAGUAAUUUCGGUUCAAUAAGCUUUGACAAUUUUAAAUUGAACAUUUUUAUUAUUUUGUAACUAUAUAAAAUAAAUUAAAAAAAAAUAGGAACAUUUAAUAUAUUUUUAAAAUAACACCAUGUUUAGAAAAAGCUAAUUUAUCUCAAGCAAUAAUUAAUGAUAUAAAUUUAAUUUUUUUAAAUAAAUUAUUAAUCUAUUUACUUAUUAGGUAUAAAUAGAUCUAUCAUAUACUUUCUAUUAUGUUAUCACAUGAUUAUAACUUUCUCAUUAGAAACUCGUAUUAAUUUCAAGUAGAUCGAUUAAUUAAGGCGAAUCUAUACCGAUUGGGACAAAUACAUUUUAGGGAAUGCUACUAGCAUCCUCUGCAGCUAUUCCUCGUCUGCGUGUAUAUAGGUAAAGCUGCUUUAUUAUUAAAUACUUUCGUAUCAUCCUGUUCGGUGGCACCGAACACGUACUUAAGUAUUAAAUUAGGUAUUUGCACGUGGGUAUAAUCCCAACCGGGAAAUUGCGUUUUGGGUGAUUAGUGUUCAUAGAAAAUUAGUCGAAUGUAAAGGUACCCACGGACGUUUCUCGAUAUAAUAAGCACAUCGCGCACGGCACGUCUGUUUUAACCAAACCUCACCCCGCCAUCAUUACCAAUAUUAUUAUCGGAACGUUGGACGGGUUGUUGUAAUAAUAAUUAUUGGGUACCUACCAAUUUUUUGCAAAUCGGAGUGUCUUACCACGCGUCAUAGAAAAAAAAAAAAAACUAUAAUCGCUGUAGACAUUUGGUAAGUAAAAUUCCUAAUCCCAACCUAUCGUAUAAAUUGUAAACGUCGAAUGCUUUAUUCUAUAACCCCGUAUCCUAGACGAAGUGAAAAACUUCUCGCGCCGAACGCCCGGAAGAAUUGCAGUGGUCAACAAAAGUCUGCUCCGGAGGGGAGUCGGGGCCGGUGGUUACCGUUUUAUCUGAUCCAACAAAAACAGUGACCCGGUCAAAGAAAAUAUGAUGAAUAAUGUGUACAAACACAACGAAGGGUUUCUAGACUAUAAAAGUUAAAUAUUUUCUCUCUAAAACUAUAUCAAGGUAAUUUAAAUAUACGUUUUAUUUGGACUUGGUUGGCGUUAAAAAAAAAUAAUUUUAUUAAAUUUUUUGUACAUUUGCAAGUAUUAUAUUAUAGUAUUGAAUCAUAAGUCGUAAAAUAUUUGUAUUAAUAUUAAUGAGCCGUGCCUAACCUGACUGUAUGUUAAUCCGGACUCGAUUAUAAUAAUUGUCGUUGGGUGAUUUUUAUAUUUACUAAUUACAUAUUACUACACUAGCUCGACAGCGGAUUUGAUGAAUUCAUCACCUAAAUUAAUAAUAAUUUCGUUUGUUUCUUAAAUGUCCGAGAAAACAAAUUCCGGUAAAAGUUAAUACUUUCCGAGAUAAUGAGUGCACCCACUUAAAUGGAUCACCUGGUAUAAUGUCAUUGUUCUAGAGGCGUCGUCCACAUUAGAUCAGAUGUAUUGUAUUUCAAAUUUUAAUUUCGUCCGUGGAAAGGUGUGUUUACACUCGUACGCUUUUUCAUUCGUGAAGACGGUGAAAAAGCUUCGCCACGGGUUGAAUUAUAGAGAUUGGAAUAGCAUUCGGUGGGAUUCUGUUCAACAACGCGCCGCGAUAUUUUACGCAUUUAUAUAUUCACUUUGAUUUCGGUUAGCUGACUUUAAACGGGAACAUUUAAGAGGAAAACGAAUCGCCAGUAGCUUAAUAUCUUACAGCGUUAUAUAGUCGGAACUGCCCAUUCGAAACGUGAACAUUUGCCGUAAAAAUGUGUAAUGCAUAUUUUUAAUACAUACCUAUUUAUCGAAUUUGUAUGUGUUAUAAAAUCCUACUUUUAGUUCUUGUGCAUUGUGAUUUUAUAAACUACAUAGAUUAUUGGUAAUAAUGUUGGUAAUAUUACUGUCUAUUACGUGUACAAUAACCUCGGAAUACGACUUAAUAUACGCGUAUCUAGCUAUAUUGAAUAAUAUAUUGUGUGCUAACAUUUUUUAGUCUCAAAGUCCCGAAAAUAUGGUCUUGUCUUGACCAGACUUAAACCCCGUGUACUGAAUAGGUAGGUGAUACAAUUUUUACUUGGAUAGGUAUCUAUUGGGUUGUUGCCAGAAGUGUUUCCAGGACUAGAUAAUUGAGAGGGGGUGCAAUAAUUUUGAAAAUGCAUAAAAGACAUACAUUUAAAAAAUACAUUGGAGAGUGAACGCCUGGAUCCGCCACUAGUUUUUGCACCCAUGCUUUUAUAGUUCUUAUUAUUUAUGUUAAUAUAAUACCGUCUAAGCAAACAUACAGGCUUACCUAUAUUAUAUUAAGCACUAAACAUUUAUAUCUAACUAAUAAUAUUGUCCAUAGCGGAUGCACGGUAAAAAAAAAAAAUAAUAAAUACUGUGCACAUUAUUAUACAUUUAUACUAUUAUAAGUACUUAAAACGCGUUUAUUAUAUAACAAUAUAUUGUUUUCGUGUUUGUCUGGCGAGCUCGCAGAUAUUGACGCCGGACCAGUGGAAAACCUUGAGGGUCGAUUACACGCGACUGUGUAACCUGGCCAGAUCGUUGAACGACUGUUUAUGUCAUUUACUGUGCGUAUCCUUGCUAAUACAUUUGUACAUCAUUUGCGUGGAAUUACAUCAAGGCGUCCUGUAAGCCUAUUAAAAUAUAUAUGUAUAUAUAUAUAUAUAUGCACCGGAAAUGUUGACAAUAUAUUUAGGAAACGAUGACUAUAGUAAAUUAUUAGUCAAAAAACUAUUUUAUAUAAUAUAUAUAUAUAUAUAAUAUAUCAAGGCUAGGUAAAUCAUCAAUUUAUUUUAACUCGUCUAUUUAAGUUAAUGCACACAAAAUUAAGUUGACUCGUAUGUUUUAACUUCGUUAAGUUAUUAGUUAAUUACUAAACAACACAAUUAAGUUAAUAUUGACUUGGUUAAACAUUAGAUUUAACAUUUUUGUUAGCUAGAAAAAGUUAGAAUCUAACUAGAUGAAUACAUUCAAAAAAUAUUUUUUAAGAUACGAAAUUUGUACCUUACAAAACAUAGCAUAAAACCACAUAAAAUGUAAAAUUAAUUGAAAUGUUCAUAUUUUAAAUUUUACAGAAAAAGCCCAAUGACUAGAGAGCGGAUGUUUAUGCUCAAAAAAAUUGAAAAAUAUGCAUGCAAUUAUGCACUAUAAGGUACAAAAAUAUGCUUAAAAUUUAUUUAAAAUAUGCACCAAUAAAAUUUUUGUUAGUUAACGAAGAUUUAUCUUUGAUAUGUUUAUUUGUAUUAAUAUGCUGAAGCACUAAAAAACCUCGAUUACCAUUUACUGAAGUAUUAUACAAUGUAUAUUAUAAAACAAAUCCAUCGAUACCCAUUAAGAAAUUUAAAUUCAGAAACAAAAAUAUGUAGUCACAACGAUUUGAAAGUUUUCGGCGUUUUGAAAUAAUUAGGUAUAAAGCUUUGUGCAAUAUAAAUAAACUCACUUAGCCAUUUUGGACGAAACGAUACGUGUAACACAUUACACAACUGAAAUAUUCACAUACAAUUUAUUGCCACUAUAAAUAUUGUAUCAAGAAGUGUACUAUCGCAGUUUUUUCAGUUUUGGUAAAAAUGAUUGUUGUAUUACGAUAAAUCUCAAAUAUGCAAUAAAAGCAUGUAAUGAAUUUAAAAAUAUGAUCAAGCAAGUAAAAAUCGAACAAAUAUGCAAAAACAUGCACAAUUAAAUUGGUAAUUUGAAUUCAUUGAGUGAUGAAACACAUUUCUAUCUCGCUCCGGCAUUAAUUUAAAUGUUAUUCAAAAAUAUGAUAAAUGCAUAAACAUCCGCUCUCUACUGAUGACUAUGAAUUUUUUAAAACAGAAAACAUUACUAAGAAUUUUGUUAAAUAUCGGGGAUUUAUCAAAUAAGAAAUAAAAUAGUUAUAUAAUUACGAAAAAUUUGACUUUGACCAAAAUUAACUUGAAGUUAACACGACUGUACAAAAAAAAUUAAUUAUUAAAGUUAAGUUAAUCGUGUAAACAAGUAACUCGUUAAUUAACUUAAUUUUAACUUUAAACGCCUUAAUACCAAGCCUUGUCGUAUAUUAGGUAUAAUAUUUUGUAAGUUUUUGUUAUAUAAAUAUAAUCAUAACUGACUCUAUGUUGGGUGUCUUAGUAUGAUCCUGGACAUUGGGAAAUAAUAACGUACACCUACCUACUAGACAACGGCAUGAUUUAUUUGUAUCAUGUUAGCAGUGACGUAGCCAGGAUUUAUUAAUAGGAAGGUUCUGGUGGUCUAGGGGGGUUUAGGGGUCUACAACCUUCUUAACCUUAUCUAAAGAUUAAAAAAAAAGCAAUAGAGGGAAACUGUCAACAUUUUCGAUAACGCACAUUAUAACAUUUAUAAUUAAACCAUACGGUAACUGAAAAAAUAGGCGCCCACAAAUUUAAGAUCUAUUAAUUUAUACUAACAUUAAUAUAUUGUAUGCAUGCCAUGACCAUAUUAUUAUAGAGACCAUUCCAAAUUUAUUGUUUUGAACCAACUUUAUAUAUUAUGGUAAUAUGGUUAUACCUAUAACCAUACGAUUUCUGUUCGGUAAUUUCGUAUAUAAUGGACCAAAUUUUUAAGGAGUGGUGGUUUAAAUUAAGUUAUCUAUAUAUAUAUUUUUUUUUUAAUUUCAUACAAAAUAAUUAUUUAUCUUAAAUGCAAUUUAUGAAAUUCUUUUGAACAAAUUCGGGACAAAAGUGAACCACUCAACUCCAUGCAGAUACGAUAGAUGCAUGAUAGAUUGCUUGUAGAAAGUAGCAUAAUAGGUAUGCAGUUUUCGAUAAUAGCAACAAUUUGUCAGUUACAAUUCUAAUGAUUUUAUACGUUUGGGAAAGACAUAAUAGUAGGUGUCGUAUGUUUGUAGGGCUAUCAAUCAUAAAAAAAAUAUAUCUAAAAUAUUCGGCAUAUUUUUGAUAUCUUGUUAUUUCCUCGGUAGAUAACUUAGUUUGAUUAAUAUUUUCGUUUAUAAAAAAAAAAAAAUAAUAAUAGUAAUUAUUAACUUAUAUAUUAUAAUCGCAUUACAGGAAAAAAAAUGAAAAUAACAGUUUAAGUCACUACGUACAUGCCAUUCUUUCGUUUUUGGUAUCUUCGUUGAGAGGAUGUUUGUUAUGUUUGUGUUCCGUAAAAAUUUACGAAAACAGUAAACUGCCAAAGAGGACACUUUAUGAUAUAUCACAGAAAUCGUACUGUAAAGAAGUAGGUAAUAAAUUCAUGAUAUUUUAAGUAGGUAGGUAUACAUUUUUUAUCAAUAGUACAGUUUAUUUUUCGGUAUACAGGUAGAAUUUUUUAUGUUGCAAAUACAAAAAGAUCACGUCGGACUGACCGGAAGCCAUAUGUUUAUGAUGACCAGACGAUUUCUAUUAACCGUGAGUAAAAUAUAAUAAAAAGUUUAUUUUUUUUGGUAUUAUAGGUUGUACUUAUACUUGUACGUUUAUUAUUAUUAUAAAUUUGUUUUACAUACAGGUGUUCGGUACAAUUGUUUCGUACGAAAUACUAUUGGUACAAAUGAAAGGAUACAAUUCUCGAAUAAAAAACACUUAG